AUGGAUGAUCAAUGGGAUGUGGUUGUUUCAUCGCUCCAGGAACUUUAUAAGAAACACGAAACUCAAAGUUUCGACGACAUGGUGAAUGAGAAGAGGAUUAAUUUUCAAAAUUUGGCACUGGAACAACUGCGAUCGCAAUUAGAGUUGUUUUCGGCGCAUUCACAGAAUGUGGAAAGUGCGUUGGGGCUGAUUCGCGUUAUAUCUUCGAAUUUGGGAGCUGUUAUCAAGUAUUCAGAGGAACAGUCCGAAAAAGCCGAGGAGAGGGAUACAGUAUAUGCAGAGUCGUUCGCGGGUAGAUCGUACUGGACAAGCCCUUUCAAUCCGAGCGAGCCGAUCGUACUGGAGUCGGAGGUGGCCUACAAGCCGAAAAGAGGCGGCGAUGGCGAGUGGUUUCAAUGUCAGGUCAUCAAGAUUUCGAACGACGGUACCAAAUUUGAGGUUCGCGAUCCAGAACCUGAUGAACUGGGGAACCCAGGUCAGGUGUAUAAGUGCAGCUGGAAAGACAUCAUUCUGCUACCUGCAGUCAGCGUACCGAAACACCAGACUCCCAAUUAUCCAAGUGGAACGAAGGUGCUGGCGCGCUAUCCAGAAACGACCACAUUUUACCCAGCAGUUGUCAUCGGGCACAAGCGCGACGGCACUUGCAAGCUGAGAUUCGAUGGCGAAGAGGAAGUUGACAAAGAGACAGAGGUCGCCAGGAGGCUCGUGCUUCCUUUCCCAGCCCGUCGUUGA